CUCAAAAAGGAACUAGGCGAUAGGAUUUCUACAAAGGCCCUGUCGCCAGCAUAUCCCAAAAAUAAUAUGGAAGCUGGAAAACAUUCCCAGGACGUCGUAAGAUGUGAUCUUUGCAGGAAACACAUAGUUCAGAUGUUCUGUUCUCCAUGUCUCACAAACCUCUGUAAAAAGUGCGUCGGGGAGCACCUUUCUGACAAUUCAAAAAAACAUGAUAUAGUAGCUUUUGAUUUAAGAAAAUCAAAAUUCAAUUUCCCCCGGUGUAAUACUCACGACGAGGAGCAAUGUGAAAUGUACUGUGAGGAAUGCAAAACUCCUGUUUGUCCACAAUGUGUCACAUCCAUGAAACACAAGAGACAUUGUUUCAGACAUAUACAGGAGAUGCAUAACUCAAAGAAAGAAUUUCUGGAAAAGGAAGUAAGCAGAAUUAGGAAUAGUAUUUAUCCAAAGUAUAAAGAUGCCUCAAUUGAUUUAAGAACCAAUUUAUAUGGCCUAAAUAAGGAAUAUGAAAAACUUGAAAGCGCUGUAACAAAACAAGGAGAAAAAUGGCACAAAGAAAUUGAGAUGGUUGUUGAAGCAUUGAAAAAGGAAAUCAUUCAAGAGAAACAAAAACACUCAGAUAUCAUGCUAAGGAAUUUAAGCUUUAUCAAAAGAUCAAUUUCAAAUAUUGAAAUUACUUUAUCUCAAAUCAAGGAAAUUCUGAAAUCAAAUGACGUAUUCAAAUGUUUGUCUUUUGAAAUAUGUACUGAGGAAUUCAAAAAAGAUCCACCGUGGGUUGACGUUAAGUUUCCGGCGUUUGUUUCACAAAGUUCUCCGAGACAGCUCUCCAAAUUGUUUGGUUUUCUGACACCAAUCUCCAUAACACAUAGAGAGCGAGGUUACAGUAGGAAGGCACCAGAAACUGCAUCCUCUCCGCCACUGAAACAGCUGCUCCUUGAACCAACUCUCAUAACCAGCAUAUAUACUGGAUACAUAUCGCUAAACAAUGUUACCUGCCGAAAUGACGAGGAAAUCUGGAUAGGAAACCUGACCAAUGAAAUAAAAUGCAUUAAUGUUAGUGGUUCAUUGCUGAACACCAUUUCCACAAAAUCAGGUAAAAGUGCCAUGGAUCUUGCCAUAACAAAUACAAACGAUCUUUUCUAUACCGAUUCAACUACCAGAACUGUUAAUGUUGUGAGGAAUAAUGGUAAAACAGAGGAAUUGAUCCAACUUCAGGAUUGGGUUCCUCAAAAUCUGUGUGCUACCUUUUCUGGCGACAUCUUGGUUACCAUGUACAGUGUUAAUACAACACAAUGCAAACUUGUCCGUUACUCUGGUUCCUCAGAAAAACAAACGGUUCAAUUUGAUGAUCAGGGCAAUCCUCUGUAUUCCGUGAAUUCCGCUAAUAUGGUUAAACACGUUAGCGAGAACAGAAAUCUGGAUAUCUGCGUUGCUGAUUGCGGUGCUGGGGCAGUAGUGGUGGUCAAUCAGUCAGGGAAAUCGAGAUUCAUAUACAGGGGGCAGGCAUCCAUUGCCAGAAAGAACCCUUUCAAGCCACAUGGAAUCACGACAGACAGCCAGGGUCAGAUCCUGACAGCAGACACUGACAACCAUCGUAUACACAUAUUAGACCAGAAUGGCCAGUUUCUGUGUUACAUAGAUAACUGUGAUUUAUGUCAUCCAUAUGGUAUAUGUGUUGACAAAGAUGACAAUCUGUUUGUGGCUCAAUUUACAAGUGGGAAAAUUAAGAAAAUUGAAUACAUGAAGUAGUUAUAACGAUAGAUUAUUCAUACGAUUUUCUAUCUCAAGUGACCUUUUCUGAUCGAA